AUAUGAGUCGAUUUCAUGGAAUAGAACUUGAUACCAAUAAUGAUCAAAAGUAUUAAGAAAUUAUUUUGAUUUGAAUUACUGCCAAUCUAGAAGAAUAGGUUAACUAUAAGUCUAAAGUAUUUCAGUUAUUGUUAAAGAAUCAUUGACCACUGCAACUGAGGAUGGUGAUCCAGUACUCGCGCCAGUCGAUGACGGUGAUCCUGAUAAGUUACGUGGUGGUGGCUGUGGUGCUGCUGGUGCUGGCUGCGACGGAAUUGGGUCACGGUCACCCCCUGCACCUGGGGUGGGUCUUCUACCCGGAGUCGGCCGGCUUGGUCGCCAUCCUGGGCAUUACGUUCGCGGUCUCCCUCUCGGUUACCGGCGCCGGUCUAGGCAUCUUCACCUGCGGCGCCAGCAUACUUGGCGGUGGCGUGCAUUCCCCUCGCAUCAAGACUAGAAUCUUAUCAGUGUGCUAUUCUGCGAAGCAGUGGCCAUCUACGGGCUGAUCACGUCCAUAGUGCUGGCAGGCAUGCUGGAACCACUGCGAUCUGACUCAGACCACGCGGUGCAUGCCAUGUCGUGUCACGUGAUGCUCGCCUGCGGAUUGGUCGUCGGUCUGUCCAAUCUCUUCUGCGGAGUGUGUGUGGGCGUGGUCGGAUCAGGCGCCGCCCUCGCCGAUGCAGCCAAUCCCAUGCUUUUCGUCAAAAUACUAAUCAUCGAGAUUUUCGGCAGCGCCAUUGGUCUGUUCGGUCUUAUAGUUGGCAUCUAUCUUACGUCGAAAAUUCGAAUGGGCGUUGGUGAAAGCUAUUGAAGGAAGAGUAGCCUACAUGGGAGUCUGUGAGGAGAAAAAGGUGUAAUAGAAGAUAAAGAGGUGGAAGAGUUAGGCUUUUGGUGGGAACCAACCAGGAGAACUCCCAUAACAGUUUAUGAGUGACUGAAUCGACCACAAUGUUGUUGGUUGUACAGAUUCAGAGGAUAGGUUAAGAUGGGCUAAAUUAUCUCAUAUCAGAAAUCAUAAUAGGUGUUAGAGAAGCUUAUAAACUUUAAUGUUCAUCCACACAAUGGUUUAUUAGUGACUGUAAGGUGUUAGGUAUCGGACUCUUCUAAGUUCCUACUGAAACUGAAUAUAGAAUUGAGGAAAAUACAACUCGCAAUGAGAUAACAAGAAACUGAAACUUAUAUUUAAACGAAAUCUCCAUGCAGUAUUAUUGGAAUAAUAUUGCCUCUCCAUUUAUCACAUACAGCGAAAUGAAAUUGAAAUCAAAUCGAUGAAACAAUGUCUGCCUUUCUUUCUUCAAAUAACAAUCUAAAGUAUUGGCUUCAGAUUGAGUUGGAUAUGGAUUUAGUUGUACAAGUAUUUUUGAAGUUGUGUGAUUUUUGCAUUAAAAAAGGGCUGAAAUCGGAAUUCUGGAGCUGCAAGUAUUGAUAAUCACAUUUCAAUAUUUUAUUCGCCUACAAGUAGAUUAAAACUCUUUUGAAGAUUUCUUUAUCUUUAGAAUUUGAGAAUAUUACAAUAUUAUUAAUUGUGAUUGAAUGACUCGUUCUAAAUAAGAGCUUGCAUUGGAACAUUAACACUCUAUUUUUCCUUCAUAAAUCUAAUUCAUUCUUACAUUGGAGCAUUAACACUUUAUUUUUCCUUCAUAAAUCUAAUUCAUUAAAGUCUAUAGGGAUCAAAUAGAAUAAAUUUUGGAAUUGAAAUUGCAGGUCAGAUCCCAUCUAGCUUACCUCGAAUGGAGGUGUGAAGCUUUAGCCUACAAGAGACACUCACGAUAUGUGAAACUGCAUUAACCUGAGGUGGAAACUAGCCUAUCCUCUCAUAGCUUACUGAAUUGAGCGGUUUCGUCCAUUAAUUGCUACUGAGUGCAUCCCUCUCAACAGGAUAGUGCUUUAUCAGAUGGCUGAUUGACAAGACAUUAAUCCAAGGUCUUCAAUCCCUCAUAGAGAGAUGGAGGAUCAAAUUUAUAAUCCUUGACGUACAUGAGUCUUCAAUAUCACAGUGAUCAUUGUCAUUCAUGAUAUCAUAAGAUCGUAUUGUAUUGUAAUGUUUGGCUAGAUGAAAAUUAUGCAGUGAAAUUAGACUUUGAAUUCGUUGCGAUAUGUAGACUACAGAAAUAAAUCACGAUGUGUGGUAGAGCUAUGGUUUGGUUUUAAGCAAAUGGUACACUUUGAUAUCUUUAUAUUAAACUUUGGUAUCAUGAUUUCACGCUUUGACAUUAUCGUACAUUUGUGACAUAUGUCAGAUCUCUCCACUUACAGCGGGUAUCAACACUUUUAGCUUUCAGGCAUGCUAUAAUAAUAAAUUAUAAUCUAUUCAAAACUCAAUCUGAUAAUGAAAUUCAAAAACUGCAUCUGUUCGUAUAAUGAGGCAUCUACAAUGAGUUGUCUACUUCAAAACAAAAAUGGCUAGAGACCAAAGAAACUUUUAAUUACAUUUUCACCGUUUGUGUCAUUUCAUUGCUGUCCACUGUAUGUUAUUUUGGAUUUGGAGGAAAUGCAAUCAAUUAGAGCUGUUUACUGUGUUCAAUAACGUUUUAUGCCACCGGGUCUUCCAUGUCACAAUUAUUGAAUUACUUGAAUAAACAGAGGAGUGUCACUUGCACAGACCUAUAGAUGAUUAAUUCUGAAAUUGGAGCCAACUUACAAAUAUCUUAUUACAUGUGGGCCAAUUAUUGGUUCAAUUUGAUCAAUAUUUGCAUCAAAUUCGCUUAAUUGAAUUGGACGUGAUAAUAUUCUUCCCACU